AUGCCAUCGUCUCAGCCCAACCGCCAGAGGGCUUUUACCAAACGGUCCCGCACUGGAUGUCGAACAUGUCGUGUUCGGCAUGUCAAGUGCGACGAGGCCCCUGGGGGAUGUCGUAACUGCAAGACCAACGGAUGGACCUGCGGAGGAUACGAACAGAACCGACUGCCCCGUCGCGCUCAGAUAUACUUAUCAACGUCGUCAUUGACACGAUCUGCUCCUCCGGCAACCGGGUUCUGCUGGGCGAUGACUGCCGACGAGAAACGAUGCGUCUCGUUCUUCCUCCAUCAUACCAUUUCGAGUCUCACGAGCUACUACGACUCGUCGCUGUGGAAUAAGCUGGUCCUCCAGAUGUGCUGUGAAGACUCUGCUGUUUUCCAUGCCGUCGUUGCCCUCAGUGCCGUCAAUCAGGACCUUGAGAGGCAGGGCUUGCCAACGUCAGGCGUUGUUGCUACUAGCUCAUGGCGUCGAUACGCAUUGGAACAAUCCAUGCGAUCGUUUUCGCUACUUAGCAAACGGCGGACUGCUCAUGACCCUCAAUUGCGCCAAGUUGUGUUGGUUUGCUGCCUCUUGUUCGUAAUACUGGAGUUGGCCUGCGGUCAGUUCGACGAAGCCACCACACAUCUGCAAAGCGGCCUUGCGAUUUUCAAGGAGAUGAAGGUCCAACGCAAGAUAGUGGGUGUCUCCGGAGGUCCUGUUGAGAACAGUCUUCUCGAGGCCUUUCUGCAGCUGGAGUCCCAGGCCACGUUCUUUGGCGCCGUGCAGCCGCCUCUUUAUAUUGACCACCAGCUCGUCCAUGAGCUGCGAUAUGAAGCAUAUUUAUAUGAGUUUCGCAGCCUCGAAGAUGUCCAACAAGCGUUCAACCCUCUUGCCAACAACACCUACCCCUUUUUAGAGCAGUGUUCUGGCAAAUCCGAGGCCGAAGUUGCCGCCAACUACCGACUCCUGCAAGCCAAACAACAGCGACUCUUGUCGUGCCUCCAUCAAUUUGGCUCGAAUCUGACGCAAUACCUCCAGAGCUUCUACCAUAGACUGACACAGAAAGAGCAGCGGGGUGCGGGCGUAAUCCAACUGUUUCACCAGACAGCGGUGCUAAUGGUCAAGACAUGUCUGUAUUCAAGGAACCGCCCCACGCCCGCGUCCGUUAUUGCUGAAUAUGAAGACCUGCUGUCCAAGGCAUUGGCAAUCAUCGGCAAGUUCCCAGAGCGACCAUUUAUGACGGUCGACAGCAGCAUAAACCCGACACUGUACGCCAUAGCCGCACGGUGUCCCGACUAUUCACUUCGUUUGCGGGCAAUCGAUGCCCUUCGAAGAUGGCCACACUCUGAGGGAUAUCUGCAUUCGAUCGUCAUUGCUAACUUUGUUGUCGAGAAUAUGAAGCUUGGACUGCGCGAGAUAUGGCAUAGGGUACAGUCCACCAACUCUGAUCUCCCUCCACAUGUGUCCUUUGAAAGGCGCGAGAAAGGCCACCCGAUUGCACAUAUUCGCGAUAUUAGUGGCAAUUACCACUGGAUCCUCCCUCUUGAACCCGACCGAAACGUAGCUGAGGCGCUGCUGUCCAUUCGGUCUGUUCGAGAUUGGGCCUGCAUUCGCGCAUCGGGCCUUCUUUCUCCCAAAUCAACUGCACAUGGUCAACCCCCUUUAACCUCCCGUUGA